AUAGGUACACCAGAAAAAAAAAAUUAGGACACAAUCACGUGAUGGAGCCAUUCAAAAAGUCAUAAUACUCAUCAAUCUAAUCAUGAUGCAUCAUGUAUCGAAUUUGUAUGGCAUCGGAUUUUUUCCAUCCAAACAUCGGUGGUGUCGAAAGUCAUGUCUAUCAAUUAUCACAGCGAUUUCUACGAAAAGGACAUAAAGUAAUUGUCAUAACGCAUGCAUAUGAUGAUCGUGUCGGUAUUCGUUAUAUGACAUCUGGCCUAAAAGUUUAUUAUCUACCAUUUUUAGUCAUCUAUAAUCAAUGUACAUUGCCAACAUUAUUCACCAGUUUUCCUAUUGUUCGUUAUAUUCUUAUACGUGAACAAAUCAACAUUGUUCAUGGCCAUUCAGCUUUUUCUGCAUUAGCACAUGAAGUUAUGUUUCAUGCAAAAACAUUAGGAUUGAAAACAGUAUUUACUGAUCAUUCGUUAUUUGGUUUUGCUGAUUCAAGUGCAAUUAUAACGAAUAAAUUAUUGAAAGUGAUGCUUUCAGUAUGUAAUCGUGUUAUUUGUGUUUCUCAUACAGGUAAAGAAAAUACAGCACUACGAGCAGGUGUUGAUCCAAAUCGAAUAUUUGUGAUACCACAUCCAGUGGAUACGGAUGUAUUUCGUCCAUUAUCGACAGCUAAUCAAAUUAAUAAAAGUGAUAAAUUGACUAUCGUUGUACUAUCACGAUUAGUUUAUCGUAAAGGUAUUGAUUUACUUGCUGCUGUCAUUCCACAAAUAUGUCGACAAUAUCCUUCGAUUAAAUUUUUGAUCGGUGGUGAAGGACCAAAACGUAUAGUAUUAGAGGAGGUAAUCGAACGACAUUCAUUACAGAAUCGUGUUACAUUAGUUGGUCAUGUAAAUCCGGAAAAAGUUCGUGAUGUUAUGGUUCAAGGUGAUAUAUUCCUGAAUUGUUCAUUAACCGAAGCCUUUUGUAUUGCAAUAAUCGAAGCUACUGCUUGUGGACUACAAGUUGUAAGCACAAAAGUUGGUGGCGUUCCUGAAGUUUUACCUGAAGAAUUAAUCUGGUUUGCUGAACCUUCUGUUGAAGGUAUUUAUAAUGGUAUGGUUCGUGCCAUUAAUGAUAGAAAGCGCGGCAAAAUUAUUGCACCAGAAAAAUCACAUGAAAUGGUUAAAAAUUUUUAUCAAUGGGAUGAUAUAUUGGAACGAAUAACAUUUGUUUAUGAAUCAGUGGAAUCUGAUCCAAUCGAAACAAUUGAUGAAAGGAUACAAAAAUUUUGGAAUUUUGACUUUCCAACCGGAAUGUUUUUUCUAUUCAUAACAAUUGUUUGUCAUUUUUUAUUCAAAUUAUACUCUUAUUUUGAACCAGAAUCCUAUAUUGAAUUGGUACCGGAAUUUGAUUAUAAUGGAAUGAGAAAAACUACAAUUAAUAAUAAUAAUAACAAUAACAAUGAUGAUGAUGAUGAUAAUAAAUUCAACAAAUAA